AUGGCUUAUUCAAGACGUCCCGCAUCGCAAUAUGAGGAUCCUUCCUCAUCCUCACGAAUGUUCAAUCAUGUCGGCGAAGGCUACAACGACUAUCUGAAUUCGUUGAUACAAGGCGCGCGAGUGGCCGGACGAGGAAUAUGCGAUUUUCUAGGAUUGCCCUGUGACGAACUGCACGAGACCGCCUCAACAGUCCUCGCCGUGCCCAUCGCCAUCAUCUCGUUCGCGUGGUGGCUGCUCUCCGGUCUCAGCUGGGCCAUCCGCAAGGCUACCCGUGCCGACCCGAUCCGUUUCGUGUUCUACCAAGCGAUCCCCUACAUUGGUGCAUUGCUCUACUCCGUCGUCACCAUCUUCUUUCCCCAGCUUGACACGAUCAAGAAGAUCUUUUAUUUGUUGUUCCACCCGAUUCAGUUCUUCUUGGAUCUGUUCGCCAAGGUCGACCAGCGAGCCGAGCGAGUUCGGGAUGCCGUUGAUAUGUUGGGACCGCAAGACACGGUCCGGCGGCGUCCCGUCUCGCGGCUUCUCUGUUCGGCGUGUCGACGGAGUGAGAAGACAUGUCUCCUCCAGCCCUGCAAUCACUUUUGCCUUUGUGAACCGUGUUAUAAUCGCAUGAUGUCCCAGGGUAAAUUGGCCUGCCCUCAAUGUCAAGCCCCCGUUGACUCAUUUGUACAUAUUGAAUUG